UUGCCACGGAGAAAGAUAGGUACAAUUUUAAUAUGUCCAUGGAGAGUGGUGAUCCUGAGAGACUAAAGACUAACUCUUACAUUAAUUUAUCUGAAGUACGAGGUCGAGAUGUGGAUAAGAAUACUCUUUUAAGCAAAUUUUUGUCUGAGAGUGGACAAAGUCAUGGAUUCCAUGUUGUUUCCGUAGUCGGCAUGGGAGGAAUUGGUAAAACAACUCUAGCACAAAUGGUCUACAAUUGUGCUUCUGUAGAGCAAGAUUUUGAGAGAAAAAUGUGGGUAUGUGUUUCUGAGCCUUUUGAUGAAGUUCGAGUUGCAAAAGCGAUUGUUGAAGACCUUGAAGGGCAGAGAUAGCCUUGCGCCAUCCAGAGUUUGAUCAAAUUGUUUGCAUUGAUGACGUGAUCUUUUGGAAAGAAAGCACAAAAAGAAAAGGACCUUUUCAUUGUCGAGGGCAAAUCGAAGUAGCUCAAUAUCAAAGGAGGAAAGAGACCUUUCUCUGCUCCUUCAAAUUCCCAAAAUUCACUAUUCAAAACAUUCUGCCAAUCUUGUAAAGAAUUCUUGAACCGCAUGAGACUGCCAAUAGUCUUUACAGUAAGAGGUAUGCCCCGGCACUUGUCAGCUAUUUUCCUUCCAAUUCUUCACAAUCCUCUUUACUUCUUUCGAAAAACGCUAUUUGACUGAAUAGCGACCAACUGUCCUCGUCCGACAACUACCCCAAAUGAAGCUCAUAGCUACUUCUCAACAUUUUUGCAACUCACUUCAGACUUUGAGCAAAUUUGUCAUUGUUCGUGGUAGUGAAGGUGAAGGGGCAACAUGCGGGCUAGAGGAUUUGAAAAACUUGAAGAACCUCCAAUGAUGUCUUAAAAUCGAAGGAUUGGGUUACGUGACAAAUGCUGAUGAGGCCCGGAUGGCAGAGUUGAGUGAAAAGAAAUAUAUUUCGGACUUGCACAUCGACUUCAACUCUAAGGCUCAAACAGGCAACCAAGACGAAGUGAUUGAAGCUCUUCAGUUGCACCCUGGGAUGCAAUCUUUAGUUAUAAGUUCAUAUGGAGGCACUCGAUUCCCCAAUUGGAUGGUAAGUUUGACCAACCUGAAAGAUCUGUCACUUCAAGAGUGCCAACAUUGCACAAUUUUGCCUCCUUUUGGAAGGCUUCCGUCCCUGGCAACUCUCCACAUAGAUGGUCUGCAUAAUCUGAAAUCUCUUGGACUCGAAUUUUUGGGUGCAACAGACAAUGUGAA